GAAAUGAUUAUCUUUAAGAAACGGACCUAUAAAAAACAAUCUAUUCUCUGUGGUCGAUGUUCUGUAGUCUCUGAGUUUUGACAGCCCAAGUGGAAAGAGAUUCGUACCGAAAAAUGUUAAAAUUUACGAACAGUUUAACUAAUGCUAAAUUAGUAUUGGUAAGGCGACAUAUGACCGAUGGUUCUUGCGCCGCCUUGAUUGUAAUGCGCAACCCGCAUCGGCGGUAUGCAACUGAACAAAAGCCAGACCCAUCAUGCAGGGCUCCCCCAGAAGCCCCCAAGAGUCACAAGUUAUUCUGGGGGGCGAUCGGGGCAACCAUACUUACGGGAGCUGCAGUUGUUUAUGCUAAGAACAGUCCACGUACCCGCAACUGGCUAGAGUCGAACGCUCCUUGGGCUAACGACGUCGUGGCUCUAGUCUACCAGGAGAAUACAACUUACUGGAAGGCGGCUUCUAACCAAUUCAACAGGACAACCACUUACCUUGGCGAAUUCUUGUUUGGAAAGGAGGGUGUAACUCCAACGGAAUUGAAGAAUAGAUCUGACCAAGAUAUUGAGAAGGAUGCUGAGGAACAUUUCUCAAAGAAAUCUUAUCAAUUGCCACCGCCCCUAUUUGAACCUUUGUACGUCGAAGAGAAACCUCUGAAGAAGCCAGAAGUUGAUUCUAAUGCGACUCUGAUUCAAACUGACAAGUGUGAGCCUCAAACUACGGUGGUGAUUAAAAUAACCAAAGACAUGGUUGAGUUGGAGCAUGAUAUGCAUGAAAAUGUCAAGAUAGCCAUAGACAACUAUAAACUGGCUACAUCCUUCUGUGAUGAAUAUAACAAGGCUUUAUUCAAGAUAGUAGAGACACCUGUCGACGAGUUAGAAAAGAAACACUACUCAGGACUGGCGGGACUGAAUGUGCAGAAAGAAAACGCGGCCAAGAAAGCUAGAGACGCCUCCGCUAAAGCUAAACUUGCCCUUGAGACCCUCGACCGCAUGAUAAAGUCGGGUCAGAUGCAGGCGCCGCCGGAGAGCCUCGCCACCACCAAGCGCUACAUCAAGCAGUUCCGCGCCGACCUCACCAGCGCUGAGGACACCUAUACACAGGAACUCGCUAAAUCCUCGCUCAGCGAGAAGUAUUGGAAUAAGGUGGAGGCGGCGCGAGGCAUGUUCAGAGAGGAACUACAAGCGUUGUUCCCCGGCAUCGACUUGUGUGCCAAGAAACUCGACAUUAAAGGCGACAUCGAUCUCUUGCUCGCCUACACGCUUCAAAAGGUACAAUACCUGCAAAACCAACUCGCUGAGUUGCAGACAGUACGCGAUCUGAAGAUCAACAGGGCUAUCGAAUGCAAUGACGAAAAAGCGUUGAUCGAAGCUAAGGCCGAGGAUAUUAUUAGAAACGAAAGGAGUGCAAUGGAGGCGGAAUACUUGAAAAAGAGUAUAGAAAUCCAAUCGGAGGCGAAUAGACAAACUAAGGAAGCGUUGAAGAAGCAAAUGGAGUUACAACAAGAAGUCAUGGCGGCCAGACUCGCUAAGAGGGAACAAGAGAUGAUGGCCAACUUCGCCCGUGCUGUCUCCGAGGAGGUUGAAGCCGAACGCGUUGAGUUCAAGAAGGAAUUAGCAGCCAUGGCCGGCAAGCUCAAAGCUAUUGAAGAUACAUUGAAACAGCGUUCAGGCGCGGAGGCGGAGGCCCGUCGCUCGCAGUCGCUGUGGACGGCGGCGGAGGCGCUGCUGGCCGCCACGCGCCGCUCCGUGCCCGACACCAAGGUCGACAACGAGCUCAAGGCUUUGGAGAAGGCUGGCAAAGACGACAAGCUAGUAGAAACAGUACUGAAGGGCAUUCCCCCUGAUGUGCGCGAGAAGGGAAUCGUCACCGAGAAGGCGCUGCGAGAAAGGUUCGAAAAGAUGGAGCAAACAGCGGUGAAGGUGGCGCUAGUGGGCCGCGACGGCGCCACGCUGCCGGUCUACUUCAUGUCCUGGCUGCAGUCCCUGCUGCUGUUCAAGAAGUUCUCUGAUAUUCCUAAGGAUGAGUUGGACAACAAGCCCACUGACUUUACUCAGUUAGACACCUUUGAUAUCAUGCAAAGGGCAAGAUACCACAUGGACCACGGCAACCUCCCCGCAGCUCUCCGCUACGUGAACCUGCUGCAGGGCGCGCCCCGCGCCGCCGCGCGCGCGUGGGCCGACGCCGCCAGACGGCACCUCGAGAUACGCCAGGCCGCCGAGGCCGUCAUGGCGCAUGCCUCCGUCUCCUCACUGCUGUAUCACUAGGACAAACUAUAGUACCGAUAAUACCGUCUCCUUCUUACGACCUGUAAGCUAUAGUAUCGUCUUGGGGGCUUGGCGAAUACAAGGUUUUGAUCGACUUCGAAAAUGGAGGUUGUCAAUUCGAUCGUAUUUUUUUUGUGUUAAUCGACUCAACCGUUGAACAAUAGGUUAAAUAUGUUCAAUUUUGAUUUUAAGUCGGUAAAACCGGGAUGAAAAUAUUUAUAAUAGUUUCCAAGUUUCCAAAUUUGUACCACUAUAUUUUUCGUACGCAUCUAACUAAAGAAAGUUACGAAUUUAUUAACAUUAUAUUUUUCAUGGUAUUUUUACCCGCCCGCACCAGAAAGGUUUUAUUUUAAUUGCUAUUUUUUUUUUCAUAUUUAAGUUCGCCGCCCCCGAUUUAUCCUUCACCUUAUAAUAUUACAAACAUCUCCUAAUCUGGCAACACUUUUGCCAUUUAUAUCUGGCAACACUGAUACUAGAAAUUAAAGAACACCAGAUUGAAAGUUUUAUUUCGGUAACACCAAAAACUUUCUGAGGUGUCAAUUUAAACGUAUCAAACUUUCAGUAGUAAAUGGCGCUUUAUUUCAGUUUUUUUUUAAACUAACGUCACUAUUAACUGACACUUAUUGGCGUAAACUAAUGAAUUCAAUAUAAAAAGUUUAUUUAUCAUUAUUGAAAUAUUAUACAGAGGUGAAGGUAGACGGUAGGAAAAUCUACUUAUAAUAUCAGUUACGUGUUUCGCGUAGUCAUGAGAAAAUAGACCUUAAUGUUAUGAACUUAGCACUCAUUAUUAUUUACAACAGCUUAUCAAGCCGUGGGCAAUCGGUACUGCCCAAUUUCUCUUUCAAAGUGCUAAAAACGUAAUAUUUCUUAGAGAAUUACUUACUAAUCGCAACUUAGCGCUAGUAGUACUAUUUAAGUACAUACUGCCUUCAUUUUAUUGUAAGAAGUUGGGAUCCACCAAUCAGCUUACGAUUUAGAUUUGUAGGUAAUAAUGUCGCAAUUGUUAGCUUGGCUAAGGCCAGUAUUCGAUCAAGAUUUAUCAAAUGGAUAUAAAAAAUCACCUAAUUAGACUGGGCUGUCAGAUUUAGGUGCUAAAACGAACGUUUGAUAUAAAUAGUAUCAUUCGAUACGAUAAAAAACUUUUGUGGCAUACACAACCUCUAAACGUUUGAUAAAAACGAUAUUUUUUUGACAAGUUUAGUUGAUUGUAUUCAUUUUUUUUUUCAAUUAGUCUUUUCACUUUUAAUUUUACUGACCUUUACCUGUUUUGAGGAAAGUGAUGUAUCAAAGGUACCUAAAAAUUGUAAAACUAUUGCUAUGUUAAAAAAUUAGGACCCGAAAAUGUUAAGUUUCUUCAAAACAGAGGAUUUUUUUUAUGUUAGCACAAAUGUGUCUGCAUUUAUUCCAAAAAUACCCAUCUGAAUAUUUAGAUUCCGUAAAUUAUUAUUGUGCCAGCGAAGAGAAUUUGUGGAGGUUUCCUUUAAUUUUAGUAAUUUAUGUAAAUAUAAAAAUAUUGUAUGUAAUAAAUUAAAAGAUGAUUUUUAUGUCAA